AUGUCUGGUGAAGGGAACACGCUUAGCCUCUUUCUCGAUGCCUGCCGUAAGGAGGGCGUAAAGCAGCCUAACACGAUCCUCAUGGAUUUCUUCCGCAGCAACCCGUCGCCGGCGCAGAUAGAGGAGAUCGACCUCAGCAACAACUACAUCGGCAAUCGCGGCAUCCUCGCCGUGCUCACGGUCAUUGAGAGCCUGCCCGCAUUCCGCUUCUUUAACUGCUCUAACCAAAAGCUUUACAACACCGACCUCAGCGACGACAGUGUUAGGGGCAACGCCACGGUAGACCGCAUCGUGGAGGUGUUCAAGGUGCACCCCACCGCCAACGCCCUCGACAUGAGCCACAACCCUGUCUCCAACUACGCCGGGCGAAAGCUGCUGGUGCUGACGCAGGUAAACCGCCGCAUCUGCCGCAUUGAGCUGAACGACACGCGCGUCGACUUUGACCUGCGCAAGCGCAUUACACAGCAGUGCGAAAAGAACACCGUCGCGCUGUGGGAGGCGCAGGAGUCGGAGGCGCAUGAGGAGGAUCGCGCCUUCGGUGAGGGGCUGGUGUGGGUGCCGACGCAGGCGCCCGCCGACUUGACCACCAUCGGCGGUGGCAAGAACCGCCGCCGCACCGUCCGCAGCGAGGGCAUCGAUCCGGAGAAGGCGAAACAGUUCAAGCCCCCGUUCUUCGAGAAGAGUGAGGACGAGAUGAGGCUCAUCACGGAGCUCCUCACCCACAACGUGCUCUUCUCAUUCCUCAACACGAAGGACAUCAAGGCGGUGGCGGGCGCUAUGCAGCGGGUAGUGUUCAAGCGCGAUGACUGUAUCAUGGAGGCGGGGGAGACGACGUGCGACAAGCUGUACAUCAUCCAGUCCGGUAACGCCGAUAUCAUCAAGGAGGGGCAGAAGGUCUACCUCAAGACGGAGGGCACUGCGGUAGGCGAGCUUGAGCUGAUGUACGACACCCCUGUUGUGGCAACCGUGAAGGUGUGCACCGAUGAACUCGUUGCGUGGGUGCUCGACCGCGAGACGUACCGCCACCUCGUAAUGGGCACCGCCAUUCGCCGGCGCGAGACGUACAUCCAGUUCCUCGCCAACGUGCCGUUCCUCGGUGGCCUCGACAGCUACGAGAAGCUGCAGCUCGCCGACGCCCUCAGCAACGACGAGUUCUCGCCUGGCGACUAUAUCAUCCACUACGGCGAGGAGGGCGAGUGGCUGUACAUCAUCAUGGAGGGCACUGUGGAGGUGAUUGGCCGUGACGCCAACAGCACGCCGACGAAGGUGUGUGAGUUCACGCAGGGCGACCACAUUGGCGAGCUUGAGUUCCUCAACAACCACCGCGCCGUCGCCGACGUCGUCGCCACAACACACGUCAUCACGGCAAAGCUGAACCGCCGCCACUUCGAGAUGUGCCUCGGCCCUGUCAUGGACGUGCUGAAGCGCUGCACCAGCGACCCCAAGUACGAGUACUACAAGAACGUGCUCAAGCAUGGCGCCGCGCCCCAGUCCCACUUGGACCAGGUGUGA